AUGUCAGUCGAGAGCGACGCGGUGGCCGGUGCCACGAUCGAGCUCCUCGAGGCUCGCCUGCAUCGCCUCUCAUACCUCCUGACCGGCGGAUCGGACUGGACGGGGGUGCCAACCACACCGCAUAAGCCCGCCUCGCACGACGAAACAGUGUCGCGUCGAAUGGCCCGGCUCGUGAAGGAGCUUGAAAAUCUCAGCAGAGCGGUCCCGGCUGUCCGAGAUGUGAUUAAGCUACAUGACAACAACAAAGACCUUUUCCACCCCACCGAUCCAGCCUGCAUUCCCGAAGGUCUCACUCACAAAACCCUCGCCUCCAUCGUCCUCUCCUACGCGACCGCCUUCCCCGAAACCGCCUCCCGACUGACCUCACUCAAUGACCUCCCCAUCCCUGACGCGCAGAGUUCAGCGGCGCUCAUCGAGCUGCAGCCGCAGCUUGACCGGCUUGCGGCGACACAGGCCGAACAGGCGGGCGCAAUCUCGGAACUGAGGGUUCGUUCGGCACGUGUUUUGCAGCGGUGGUAUGAGAUUGGGCUUGUUGGGAGUGGGGAGUGUUGGGCUGAGUGGGAGGGGCGAUUGGAGGGAGUAGAGAGGGAGGUUAGGAGGCGGGAAGUUUUUAAGGAGAGGAGGGAGAAUGAGAUUUGA